AAGUCUGGCUAAUGGCGGAUCUCCUUCAGGAGGAUUCCGGUGAGGCCCACAACUUUGGUCAUAAAGAAUGGGAUCAACUUGAAGAAAGCUUUAUCAACGCCGGCUACCGUGAAGGCAUCACAGAUGGUAAGGAAGCGGCCUUACAGGAGGGAUUCGACCAAGGAUAUGCGCUACACGGCGUGCCUAUUGGUCGUGAGAUUGGGAGAUUGCGUGGACUUGCUAGCGCGCUGCUUGUCUUCCUCAAAAAGGAGAAAAGUAACGUUGACGCUUGGGUACCCCCCCUGGAACACAGACCGGGUCCAUCAGACAUAUUAAACGAAGUUCAAUUACUCGUGCAGUCAUUUCAGCAGAUCUCGCUUUCAGCACUCCUUCCACCGGAUACGAAAGCGAUUCUGCAUGCGAAAGAGCACGAAGUUGGAACAGCGAGAGGCUCGGUUGACUUGGACCAAUUGGCAGCAGAUCAGGGCCAAAUCAUGGAGACUACUAGGCAGGAAGUGAAUCAGCUCAGAGAACGGUUGUGCGCCAUUAUCACCCAGCUCGGUUUCGAGGAGACGCUUCACGUAUGAUUAUUCCACUGCAGCACAUUAAUAUGAGGAUAUCUUAGUGAAGACAUGCAUCUAAGGACCAUCGAAGCGGAAGCCAAACAUGUUCUAACGUUAGGAUCACUUCUUCUUGACAUCUUUGAGUCUAAUUGUUUCGUCCCCAACAAAGAUACCCU